AUGGAGCAAGAAUAUAAUUUUGACAGCAAUGAUUGUAAUAGUUCAUUCAAUGAAGUCAUUGGACACAUAGAAGAUAUUUUAAUUGAAACUGAUUUUCAAAAAACUCAACAACAUAUCUUGGAAAAAUAUUGGCGAGAAUUUGAUUCCGGAGAAGAAAAUAAAUUGAUUUACAUGAUUAUAUUUGAAGAAUAUCAUAAAACGAUAGAAAAUUACAUAGAAACUAAUUUGAAAAAAAUAAUACCAAAAUUUUCAAUGGAAAUGUUAUUUAAACAACUGAGUGAUAACAGUUCAAAAUUAGAAGGUGAAGUUUUCGACAUUCUUUACGCCUUAACAGACUUUUUAGCAUUUAAAGAGAUGAUUUUGGAUUAUAAAGCCGUAAAAGAAGGAAAGGUUCAAGAUCUAAGUACUGGUAUUACAAUUACUCCUUUAAAGCUUAAAAGUUCAAGUAAUUUAAAGAGCUAG